UUGCCCUCCUGGAAUUUACACAACAAAUGGAGGAAAGCAGAGUUAUGCACACUCUAGUGGCUCCAACAAUAACUGUUGGCUUUUUUAUUUGUAAUCAGAGAAGCCUGGCAACAGAAACCUUUUUUUUCCCUCUGGGCUUACGAGAACUGAGCCGAAGUGGGAAACGUUAUUUGCUUUUACGAAACAAUUUACUUUUGUGCAACCUGAAGAUGUGUCAAUCAAGCAAAUAAAGGAAGAAAGCCUUAUUUAUAAAAUUGCCUGCUUCUGAUUUCACUUUGUUGCUUCUCAGGCUGCACGAGGGAAAAAAAAAAUGAAGAUUUUGCUGCUGGGUCUUUUUCUACUUUUAUAUAGUAACUCAGCCUGGGCGAAAGAGAAACAUUACUACAUUGGGAUUAUCGAAACAACUUGGAACUAUGCGCCUGACAAUGGGGAAAAGAGACUAAUUUCAGUUGACAGGCAUCAUUCAGAUAUCUACCUUCAAAAUGGCCCAGAUAGAAUUGGAAGGUUGUAUAAGAAGGCCCUUUAUGUUCAGUACACAGACAGAACUUUUAGCACAAUUAUAGAAAAACCUGUCUGGCUGGGGUUUUUAGGCCCUGUUAUCAAAGCUGAAACUGGAGAUAAAGUUUAUGUUCACCUAAAAAACUUUGCCUCUAGGCCCUACACUUUCCAUCCACAUGGAGUAACUUACCAUAAGGAACAUGAGGGGGCCAUCUAUCCUGAUAACACCACAGAUUUUCACAAAGCAGAUGACAAAGUGCAUCCUGGUGAGCAGUACACAUAUGUAAUGAACGCCACCGAAGAGCAAAGUCCUGGUGAGGAAGAUAGCAAUUGUGUGACCAGGAUUUACCAUUCCCACAUUGAUGCUCCAAAAGAUAUCGCCUCAGGACUCAUCGGACCUUUAAUAUUCUGUAAAAAAGAUUCUCUGGAUCAAGAAAAAGAAAAAAAUAUUGACCAAGAAUUUGUGCUGAUGUUUUCUGUGGUGGAUGAAAAUCUCAGCUGGUACCUAUAUGACAACAUUAAAACCUACUGCUCUGAACCAGAGAAAGUUGAGGAAGAUAACGAAGAUUUCCAAGAGAGUAACAGGAUGUAUUCUGUGAACGGAUAUACUUUUGGAAGUCUCCCAGGACUCUCCAUGUGUGCAGAAGACAAAGUAAAAUGGUAUCUUUUUGGCAUGGGUAAUGAAAUUGAUGUGCACUCAGCUUUCUUCCACGGCCAAGUAUUGACUAAUAAGGGCUACCGUAUUGAUACAGUCAAUCUCUUUCCUGCUACCCUCUUUGAAGCUUUUAUGGUGGCCCAGAGUCCUGGAGAAUGGAUGCUUAGCUGUCAGAAUCUAAACCACCUGAAAGCUGGUCUGCAGGCCUUUUUCCAGGUACAAGACUGUAACAAGCCUUCAUCAGAGGACAGCAUCCUUGGGAAACAUGUCAGGCAUUACUACAUCGCUGCUGAGGAAAUCAUCUGGAACUAUGCACCCUCUGGAAUAGACACCUUCACCCAAGAAAAUUUAACAGCACCUGGAAGUGCUUCAGAGGUAUUUUUUGAACAAGGUCCUACAAGAAUUGGAGGAUCUUAUAAAAAGCUGGUUUAUCGUGAGUACACAGAUGCCUCCUUCACAAAUCAAAAGAAGAGGGGCCCUGAAGAGGAACAUCUUGGCAUCCUGGGUCCUGUCAUUUGGGCAGAGGUGGGAGACACGAUCAGAGUCACUUUCCAUAACAAAGGAACAUAUCCCCUCAGUAUUGAGCCCAUUGGGGUGAGAGUCAGUAAGGACAACGAGGGCUCCUACUAUGCCUCACAUCACAACCCCUCAAGUGGAAGUGUGCCUCCUUCAGCCUCCCAUGUGGCACCUCAACAAACAUUUACCUAUGAAUGGACUGUGCCCAAAGAAGUGGGACCCACUUACAAAGACCCUGUCUGUCUAUCUAAGAUGUAUUACUCUGCUGUAGAUCCCACUAAAGAUAUAUUCACUGGGCUUAUUGGGCCAAUGAAAAUAUGCAGGAAAGGAAGUUUACAUGAAAAUGGGAGACAGAAAGAUGUAGACAAGGAGUUCUAUUUAUUUCCCACAGUGUUUGAUGAGAAUGAAAGUUUACUCCUAGAUGAUAAUAUUAGAAUGUUUACAACUGCACCUCACCUGGUAGAUAAGGAAGAUGAAGACUUUCAGGAAUCUAAUAAGAUGCACUCCAUGAAUGGAUUCAUGUAUGGGAAUCAGCCUGGUCUCAGUAUGUGCAAAGGAGAGUCAGUCGUGUGGUACUUAUUCAGCGCUGGAAAUGAGGCUGAUGUACACGGGAUUUACUUUACAGGAAACACAUAUCUGUCAAAAGGAGAAAGAAGAGACACAGGAAACCUCUUCCCUCAAACAAGUCUUACACUCUUCAUGCAGCCUGAUGCUCAAGGGACAUUUGACGUUGAGUGCUUAACAACCGAUCACUAUACGGGAGGCAUGAAGCAAAAAUACACUGUGAACACAUGCAGGCAACAGGCUGAGCAGCCAAGGUCCUCCCAGGGACAGCGGACCUACCACAUCGCGGCAGUGGAGGUGGAGUGGGAUUAUUCCCCAAGCAGGGAGUGGGAAAAGGAGCUGCAUCACUUACAAGAACAAAAUGUUUCAAAUGCAUUUUUAGAUAAGGAAGAAUUUUACAUAGGCUCAAAGUACAAGAAAGUUGUAUAUCGGCAAUACACCGACAGCACGUUCAGAGUUCCAGUGGAAAGGAAGGCUAAAGAAGAACACCUGGGAAUUCUAGGUCCACAACUUCAUGCAAAUGUUGGAGACAAAGUUGUAAUUAUCUUUAAAAACAUGGCCACAAGGCCUUACUCAAUACAUGCCCAUGGGGUGAAAACAGAGGAUUCUAUAGUUACUCCAACUUUACCAGGUGAAACUCACACGUACAUAUGGAAAAUCCCAGAAAGAUCUGGAGCUGGAACAGAGGAUUCUGCUUGUAUUCCAUGGGCUUACUAUUCAACGGUGGAUCAAGUUAAGGAUCUUUAUAGUGGAUUAAUUGGCCCACUGAUUGUUUGUCGGACACAUUACAUGAAAAUAUUCAAUCCUAUAACGAGACUGGAAUUUUCUCUUCUGUUUUUUGUUUUUGAUGAAAAUGAAUCCUGGUAUAUAGAUGACAACAUCAAAACAUACUCUGAGCACCCUGAGAAAGUAAACAAAGAUGAUGAGGAAUUCAUAGAAAGCAAUAAGAUGCACGCUAUUAAUGGAAGAAUGUUCGGGAACCUACAAGGCCUCACAAUGCAUGUGGGAGAUGAAGUCAAUUGGUAUCUGAUGGGAAUGGGCAAUGAAAUAGACUUGCACUCUGUACAUUUUCACGGCCACAGCUUCGGAUACAAGCACAGGGGCAUCUAUAGGUCUGAUGUCUUCGACAUUUUCCCUGGGACCUUCCAAACUCUAGAAAUGUUUCCAAAAACACCUGGAAUCUGGUUACUCCACUGCCAUGUGACUGACCACAUUCAUGCUGGAAUGGAAACUACUUACACGGUUCUACCAAAUGAAGCGUCUUCUCUGACAUACAAGAUGAUAUGGAAUGUGAACUGUUCGUUUAUAGUCAUCGUGAUUAUGUUAUUCCAAAUAUCUACCAAGGAAUGGCUAGGCGUAUAAGAUCCUCUGAUGUUCGCAAUGGUAUGGUGUCAGGGGGCUGCAUCUUGGAUAAUCUCCAGAUGUAUUGUGAUGUGAGCUUGAAAAAGAGUUCCUGGAGAACCACAUCUGGGAGACCUGCCACAAGCUGAGCUUCCCAGAGGUCUACCAAGAGCUGAGGAAUCGUAUCUUUAUCCUUACCACAAAGCACCUUGAAAACAGUGAGAAAAGCCCCCACAUCCCAGAUCAAUAUAGUACUGAUAAGUUACAGCUAGUCUGAAUAACACUCUAUCACGUGGGCCAGGCAUUUAAUAAUUUAUCAUUAGCAUUAGUGCGAUGGCAGAGUAGAUUGAGACAUUUGAACAGAAAACCGAUUCUAGGUUGCAUGAAUGGAAUUUUUCUACAUACGUUCUUUUAAUCUGUACCUGUAUAAAUUUGUUAUGUGUAAGUCUGUUUUUUCAAUAAACAAAGGGAACCCCAGUCUCUUAUUCAGCUUCCCGUCUGCCACCAGUUUUAUCAGGCUAUAUCCAGAGCCAUUACAUUUUCAGAGUGACAAACCUUAAAGAAGGAAUCUGCUUCUUCAAUUCCAAUUUUGUUGUUCUUCUGUAAGCCCAGAACUGAAGCCACAAGCAGUCCGGGCUGAGUGUCCUUCAACUGUACUGCAAGUUCAGUGGGAAUGAUCUGUCCCCUUCUCUGUUGAAUCAAUAGCCGAGGUUCCAGGAUGAAGCCACAUACCAACUUCAUCUUCAGAUAAGCAAGAGAUUUGGGAUCAAAAUGUACACUGCAUUCAUCUUGAAAAUAUUUGCCAGUACAUUCAAGGUGCAUGGUUAAGCUAUUAAUACUUCAGUCUCAAUUUUUUCUUUAACUACAAAGUUCUCACUCUAAGAAGAGCAUCAUUGUUAAGUACCUUUAAAGAAGUUAUUAAUAUUUAAUUCACCAUCAGGAUAUCAUAUUUUUGUAGAGAGCUGUAUAUUUAUCUACCUAAUUUAAAAAUAACAUACCUUAAGUUUUUUCAAAAUUAUGGAAAGAAGAUUCAUCUUUCUAAAACUCUACUCUUCAAAGCAGAGAGGUUACCUCAACGUUGACUCACUCUCUUCAUCAUCACAAACAACAUGUCAUUUAUGCAGUGAAAAAGCACUUCUGCUCUCUUGUUUUAGAAAUGAAGUCAUACUGUGCGCGUCUGACCACAGGCAACGCAACAACAGGACAGGAGCACAGGAUCGGAAGCCAUAUUGCCUGCUUCAAAUCCUGGCUCAAGCACUCACCAGCUACGUGAUCUUGGACAAUUUACUCAACCUCUCUUUGUCUUAGUUCCCUCAUCUGUAUAAUAGGUGUAAUAAUAACAUCUAACUUAGGGCAUUGUUGCAAGAAUUAAAUAAGAUCACAUAUGCAAUGGGCUACUACUAGACUCCCAAGGCUUAUGGAUAACAUCCCACUUGCUGUACUAGAAUACACAUCACUCUGUUCUGUGUCACUGGACAUACCGUAUCCCUCACACUAGAUCAGACUGUUAGCUCGGGGCAGAGUUUGUAUAUUCUUUAGUACCAAGUGCUGUGCUUUGAACAUAGCUGACACAAAGUUGAAAGAUCUUUGGGUACCCAUUGCUACCAUUUACUAUUCUUAUUUCUUUUUUAUUUGCCAGGUCCAAAGCCCAAGCAUUCCCACUUUGGGUCACUUCUUUUCUAACAUUAAGUCUAUUUUCCCUUAUGAGUGAGAAAAAAAUGAACUAGACAGAAGCCAGAAGAAAGUUAAACACCUCAGGACUACCAGGUCCUGUAUCAGGGAACCAUACCUCUGGAUGGCUUUUCAUUUCAUUUCUGUGCCUGUCAAGAUCUCCCAUUUUCAGAGCCACUGCUGCUUUAGUCAAUGUCACUAAGAUCGACAAGAACCCAGAAGUAUCCAGCUUGCUUAGAUAGUUCAUGGCAGUUACCGGAUUAAUAUUCUUCAUAGAAGGACUACAGAGAAUAUGGGGCAGUUGUUUUGGCUCAGCCAUAUGGAACAUCUGAACCACUUUUGCUGCUAAUUCCUUUGGUGAGCAUGAAUAAGAAAUAAAAGGUCAGUUAGCCAAUAGAGAACAAAAAAUCAGCAAAAAAACCCAAAACAAAACAGAGAUAAAAAGCCAAGAUAGAAACAUUCCAAAUAAGAUAAAAUUGUAAGUAUUACGUUUGGAUUAAAAAAAAGACAAGGUGCAUGGUGAUAACGUGGGAGAUUUGAAAUGACCUGAAGUGAUCUCUUUGCUGAGUUAUAAUGAAGAAAAAGCAACGAAAAUAUGUACCAAGAUGGGGCGCCUGGGUGGCUCAGUUGGUUAAGCAUCCGGCUUCGGCUCAGGCCAUGAUCUCACAGUUUGUGUGUUCGAGCCCUGCGUCGGGCUCUGUGCUGACAGCUCAGAGCCUGGAGCCUGCUUCAGAUUCUGUGUCUCCCUCUCUCUCUGCCCCACCCCUGCUCAUGCUCUGUCUCUCUCUCUCUCAAAAAUAAAUAAACAUUAAAAAAAUUUU